CCAUUGGCCGCCGGGCCCCCUACGUGCCGCACCACGUCACCAAAUCUGAAUAAGGAUGCGCGAAUUAGGCGGCGGCCAGACAAAGAUGAGGAUCGGGACCGCUUGAAAGUGGGGGAAAGUGCCGGCGUCUCCGCCGCCGCCGCCGGGAAAAGCCGCUCCGCAGCGCCGAGCCCAGCCGCCAGCCGAGACAUCUGGGGGAGCCCGGAGCCGGCCGCGGGGCGCGCGACCCGGGGCAUGAGGCUGUGAGCGCCGCCGCUCCCCGCCCUCCCCGGGCCGCCCGGCGCCAGGCCAGCGAUCACCCCAGGACUUGACGGAGGAGUCUUGGCCCGGCCCGCACUCGCGCGGCGGCGGCCGAGACAAGAGGCGCGCGCGUGCGCGCGCGCGCAAGCAGGGCCGAGGCGCCCCGAGGGCCGUGGGGGGCGGGGGGGGCGCCCGGAGGCAGGACCAGGCGGCCGGAGCCGCCGGGGCGCGGGGCUAUGAUGGUGCACUGUGCCGGCUGCGAGCGGCCCAUCCUCGACCGCUUCCUGCUGAACGUGCUGGACCGCGCGUGGCACAUCAAAUGCGUGCAGUGCUGCGAGUGCAAGACCAACCUGUCCGAGAAGUGCUUCUCGCGCGAGGGGAAGCUCUACUGCAAAAAUGACUUCUUCAGGCGCUUCGGCACCAAGUGCGCGGGGUGCGCGCAGGGCAUCUCCCCCAGCGACCUGGUGCGCAAGGCGCGCAGCAAAGUCUUCCACCUCAACUGCUUCACCUGCAUGGUGUGCAACAAGCAGCUGUCCACGGGCGAGGAGCUGUACGUCAUCGACGAGAACAAGUUCGUGUGCAAGGACGACUACCUGAGCUCCAGCCUCAAGGAGGGCAGCCUCAACUCAGUGUCCUCCUGUACGGACCGCAGCUUGUCCCCGGACCUCCAGGACCCGCUGCAGGAUGACCCCAAGGAGACAGACAACUCGACGUCGUCGGACAAGGAGACGGCCAACAACGAGAACGAGGAACAGAACUCGGGCACCAAGCGGCGCGGCCCGCGCACCACCAUCAAAGCCAAACAGCUGGAGACGCUCAAGGCGGCCUUCGCCGCCACGCCCAAGCCCACGCGCCACAUCCGCGAGCAGCUGGCGCAGGAGACGGGCCUCAACAUGCGUGUCAUCCAGGUGUGGUUCCAGAACCGACGGUCCAAAGAGCGCCGCAUGAAGCAGCUGAGCGCGCUGGGCGCGCGGAGACACGCCUUCUUCCGGAGUCCCAGGCGCAUGCGUCCGCUGGGCGGCCGCUUGGACGAGUCGGAGAUGUUGGGGUCCACUCCGUAUACCUACUACGGAGAUUACCAAGGCGACUAUUACGCGCCCGGAGGCAACUACGACUUCUUCGCGCACGGGCCGCCGUCGCAGGCGCAGUCCCCGGCCGACUCGAGCUUCCUGGCGGCGUCGGGAGCGGCCUCGACGCCGCUGGGCGCGCUGGAGCCGCCGCUGGCCGGGCCGCACGCCGCCGACAACCCCCGCUUCACCGACAUGAUCUCGCACCCGGACACGCCCAGCCCCGAGCCGGGCCUGCCCGGGGCGCUGCACCCCAUGCCCGGGGAGGUGUUCAGCGGCGGCCCCAGCCCGCCCUUCCCCCUGAGCGGCGCGGGGGGCUACAGCGGACCCCUCUCGCACCCCAACCCCGAGCUCAACGAGGCCGCCGUGUGGUAAAGGCCUCGGCACCCGCCCGGACGCCGCCUCCCAAAACCAAAACGCCCGACGCGGACCCGACCUGGAGGAGGAGGAAGGGGGUGUGGGGGGGGUCCGUCCGCUCUCCGCGAUCCCCUCCCCCCGCCCCUCUGCUCUGCACCCCCGCGGGGCGCGCUGGGACCUUCCCCAUCCCGACGACCCCGCCCUGCGGCCAGCGCGCUCCGGGCGGUGGGCAGCCGCCUGCAAAGCCUUGGGACCAAAGUCAGUACUCCGGGGAUUUCCAGCACAUUCUAGACGCGCCCCGACGCCCCCAGCCCACCCAGCACCACCUCUUUGGACCCACAACGGGUUGAGGACAAGGGGCGAAGACCAUUUGGUUUUUGUGUUUUUGUUUUUCUCCUCUCUCCUCCCCUCUCUGCCAUCCGAGGGGGCAUUUUGUCAGCGUGGUCCUCGCCCUGCUUUCCCUCCCCUGCUCGUCUUUAAAAGAUGAUAAGGAAAAAGAAGGAGCUGGCAGGGGUGGGGGGAGAGGAUGCGGGGAGAGGAUGCGGAGAGAAGAUGCGGAGGUUGGCGAGGAGCGCGCGCCGGAGCGCCGGGCCCGGCGCGGACGCCACCUGCACGUCGGCGCCCCCUGGCGGCCGCGCGGCGCUCCAGGUCAGCUGUCCAGGGAGGCGUGGGACCCCCCCCCAGACUGCGUGGCCAGGCCCGGGUCCCCCCCACCGCCCCCGCCCCGCGCUCUUUCUGACUUUAACGUUUAUUUUGAGCGGGGGGGCUCGGGCGCACACACCACCCUCCCUGCCCCCGCUGGAGGCGGGCUGUCAGGACGGACAGUAUUACACUUUUUUGAAAGUUGACCGCCUCUAGUUUCCUUAUUUUGUAUAAAGAAGAAACAAAUAAAGUAUGUUUUUGUGUUUACUGUUUAUUUAUUGUACUCUAGUUAUCUGGGGUUGGACAUUUUUAUAUUUUUAA